AUGGCGUCUCCUAUCACUCCACCUCACACAGCGCUCGCGGAGAGCUUUGUCCUCGUCAACAAUAGUCGACCCACGUCUGGCACGUCAACACCAAUAAGCCGAAAGGGAUAUUCUGGUUCGGAGAGUGGGGAUCCGAGAGGAGGAAUCAAGCGUGCGCCAACAAUCACGCCCGCGUCAACUUCUCCUCCGGAAACACUCUUGACGAGCACGUCGACGUAUGCGCACGACUGGUCAAAGGCAGCGACAGCUGGCGGGCUGAGGUUACACGGGCGCCAUUUCGUUGACGGACGCGGGCGAGUGUGCCUCCCGCGUGGUGUCAACCUCUCUGGAAGCUGUAAGAGUCCUGUCAAUGAGAACCCAAAGGCGUUUUGGAGCCGGAGACAUGAAGUUACAUUCGUGGGGAGACCUUUCCCUCUGAAAGACGCACCAGAACACUUUGCAAGGUUGCGUCGCUGGGGGUUGACAUUUGUUCGUUUCCUUAUUACAUGGGAGGCCAUCGAGCAUCGUGGACCCGGGAAAUACGACAUGGCCUACCUCAAUUAUGUGCGCGACGUCAUCUCACUGAUGCCUGAAUACGGCAUCGUUGCCAUGGUCUCCAUGCACCAAGAUGUUUGGUCUCGCUUCUCUGGCGGUUCAGGUGCACCCGCCUGGACGCUCGAAGCCGUUGGGUUCGAUCUCGAAAAGCUUGAAGUCACAGGAGCGGCAUGGUUGGAUGGUGUACGCGAUAAGGAUCUAAAGGAGCGUGGUAUUUGGCCGACGGGAUACCAGAAGCUCGCGGCCGCGACCAUGUCGACCUGCUUCUGGGGUGGAAAUACGUUUACACCUCAGUUGAUUGUUGAGGGAGAACCUAUUCAGGAAUACCUGCAAAGUCGAUUCCUCAAGGCAUGGGAGCAAGUCGCAAAAGCACUAGGCGGACUAGAGGCCGUUAUUGGAUUUGAUAUGCUAAACGAGCCGCAUCGAGGCUAUAUAGAAGUGCCAUCCCUUCAUAAUUGGGACUAUAAUACGGAUUUACAUUUGCAUGACAUUCCUUCUGCCUUUAAUUCGUUCUGUCUCGGAGCCGGGUUACCCACUGCUGUACCGCACUAUGUGCGUUCGUUCCCGAUGCCCACCAAGGUCGACAAACAUGUUAUGGUCAACGAACAAAAAGUCUCGGUAUGGCGUGCCGACGGACCGACCGAAGGUAAAUGUCUAUGGGCCAUGCACGGCGUUUGGAUAUACGACGAAAAGUACAAAGUACCCAUGGUUCUUCGCGAAAACUACUUUAACAAUAAUCCCCUUACGGGAGACAAGGUCGAUUGGUACACCGACUUUUACUAUCCGUUCCUCCAGAAAUGGGCCACGCUCGUUCGCAGCGCGUGUCCGCUUCCAAAGAUUGUCUUCGUUGAACCUAUUCCAAACGAGUUCUGUCCAACUUCCUGGACAGAGGAACGACGCAUCCCUCAGAUGGUCUUUUCGCCACACUGGUACGACCUCGACGCGCUUUUCAGAAAACAAUUUGGCAACUUUACUGUCAACGUUCAGGCGCUCUCGAGGGGCGUAUUUCCGCCUCGGACAUUCUUCUGGGGACAUCAAGGCUCGUUGGGUGAGCGCCCGGUAUUCAUCGGAGAGACGGGCGUGCCUAUGGAUAUGAAUGGUGGGGAAGCCUUCCGUUCUGGUGACUUUACCUGGCAAGCACGAAUGAUGGAUGCAGUCAUCUCUGCAUUAGAGGGCAAUCUCAUUGGCUUCACAUUAUGGAACUACAAUCCACUGAAUGAGGAUGCGACUGGCGAUCAAUGGAACGGCGAAAACUUUUCGUGGUUCUCCAAUUUCCGUGCACGCAAGAUUGGCGCCGGUUCGCGCGACCAAGUUGACACGACGCUCGAUGAUGGCGGUCGCAUUCUCGAGUCAGUCGUGCGCCCAUAUCCAGCCAAGGUCGCCGGUAUCCCGCUCAGUUUCGAAUAUGACGUCAAUCGCGGAGAAUUCAGAUUUGAAUGGGCCCGUCCUCUGCCUUCAUCAUCGCCUUCACCGUCAGACGUGACGGCUGCACUACUUGGCGCCAAUAAUAGUGUUAGUGUGAAGAAACCGCCGCUGGUGGGACACGCGAAAUUGACGAGCCGCAUUACGGAGAUUUAUCUCCCGAUGCAGCUUGUCCACAAGAAGAAAUUUGUGAUCGCGUUCGAUGGUGCAGCCCAGGGCUCAACGUGGUGGUACGAUGCAAAGAACCAGACGCUCUUCAUUGAGCAGCCAGAGUACGACGAAGAGGAAGAUGAGAAUGUCACGUACAAGCUCAUCUUUGGACUCACUCCGCCCCCCAAAGCACUGUGGCCCGUCAAAUCGCAUUGGGAGGACUUUGCUGGGUAUUAUGCGGGUGUUGUGGCAUUUGUUUUGGCGCUAUUGGCCUUCUUUUUAAUGUAA